AAAUUUUCAUCAACAACAAAUGAAGAAAAAUCAAGGGACCGAACGUUCGCUACCAGGACUGAUGGGACUGUCGGAUUGUGAUACAGAUGUUUGUACUAAAAAAACAAGAGAGAAAUAAGCAAGAAAUUCAUGCCAGCAGUCACAUGCAGGAAUGGAUGAGGUUUGAUGGGAGGAGCUGAGAAAGAGAAUAAGAGAGAUGGACAGAUAAUCAGACUGACACAAACUCAUCAGAAAUGGAGCUGGACACAGUGUUCGUCACACUUCUGCUAGCAGCCGUCUUCAGCUCCUCGUCAGUUUGAGUAUGUUCAGAUGAGGAUGAACUGCACUGAUGCACAGAGAUACUGCCGUAAGAACUACAGCGAUCUGGCCUCCACUGACAACAGCGCCGAUGUGACCGAGCUGCUGAAGAGUGUGAAUGGAACUAGUGGCAUCUUUGGCAUCUGGACUGGUCUGAUGAAGACCCUCAGGAGUGAAUGGAAGUGGUCUCUGGGUGACCCUGCGUUUUACACGGCUCAUGAUUCACUGUUUCACAACUGGGCAUCAAAUCAGACGAACAGCAGCCUAUAUGACUGCGCUUGUAUGAGUCAGAACGGACUGUGGCGUUAUGACACCUGUAAUAGCCAAAGGUCUUUCAUCUGCUACAAUGACAGCAGUAAAGGUUUCAUCCUCGUGCUGUACUCAAUGAGCUGGAGAUCUGCUCAGAGCUUCUGCAGAGCGAAUUACACGGAUCUGAGCAGCGUGAGGAACCAGAGAGAGAACCAGCAGAUUCAGCAGCUCAUGAACACUGGAGGAGUCACUGCCGUCUGGAUCGGUCUGUUCAGAGACUCAUGGGAAUGGUCCGGCUGUGGCUGCGCGGCGAGGUGGUCUGUUAUCAGAACUGGGCCGCGGGGAACGGCACCGGACCACACGACUGCCGCGAGCGGAGAGUCGGAGCCAUUCAGUCGUCUGGAGAUCAGCGCUGGGUCAGCCUUCCUCCGACCAUUUUGACCCAAGCAUGUAUGGAGUAAAAAAAAUUGAAUUGGAAUCACAUUCACAAAAGCACUCAACUUCUUGUUAGCAUGCUCAUUAGGGUGGCCCUUAUUUUUGGACUUUUGAAAUCUUCUGCUCUCACCUUCCUAGUCAACUGAGAAAUGGGAACAAACCAAAUUUUGCUGAGAUUGGACUACAUUUGGGGUGUGCACAACAAAGUUGAUAUUCUGUCUUAACCAUAACAGCAUGUAAUUAAUAAUUAUACAAAACCAUUAGUAAACUGUAAAUUAGUUUAAAAAUGCAAACACAGAGCAGUGUUGUUAGUCUUAAAAUGUUAAAUCAGGGGUGCCCAAUCCUGCUCCUGGCGAUCGACUGUCCUGCAAAGUUCAGCUCCAACUCUAAUCAAACACACCUGCCUCCAAUUUUCAAGCGAUCCUGAAGACCUUAAUUAGUUGCUUCAGGUGUGUUUUAUUAGAGUUGAUAUAUAGAUAGGGAUGGUCAUUAAUUCAAACUCAAAUUCUAAUAUUUUGAGAUACUGAUUUUUGACUUUCAUGAGCUGUAAGCUCUAAUCAUCAAAAUUAAAACAAAAAAAAACUUUUGAAAUGUUUUACUUUACAUGCAAUGAAUCUAAAAUAUAUGAAAGUUUCACUUUUUGAAAUAACUUACAAGAAAAAAUUAACCUUUUGCAGUACCAAAACAUUUGCAACUGCAACAAUUUUCUGAGAGAAGGGUUGCAUUUUCUGACAGAAUUGCAAGGGUGCCGAUAUUUUUGGCCAUGACUGUAUGUGGGAUAAAGCAGUCAGCCUCCGCUUCACGGCAAGGCAGAUCAUGCGAUUAUUGACAGUCUGACUGUACUUGAUCCCAGCAGACGCUGUCUAGAGACGUGAUGAAACACAGACUUCAUCUCUGCAUGCUGGAUGGAGAUCAGCUUCAGGGGAACCACAUUUGCACAGUUUCAUCAGUCACUGCAGAUCUUUAACACAAGGGAUUCAGAGUGUAGGAUGUAGAAGUGGAUGAAGAAGUGCUCACAGAAGUGUCAUUUCUUCACAUGUUUCUUGAAGAUGUCGGGUUGAGUAGAUAAGAUCUUACCACCAACUAAUAGUCCACAAAGUAAAGAUUCAAGCAGAGUGACUGGAACCUCAGUCGGAGCAGCAUUUGAGAUCUGCGGUGAAGGGGAAGGUUAAUGAUAAGGUGGUCAUGGAACAAGAUGAGAUGAACCGUUUAGAGAGGAGCCAUUUCCGGCAUGAGCAGAUCCUGAGACGCUCUGAAAACCAGGACGCUGAAGAUCAGCAGUUCCAGAGUAUAUACACACACACACACAAGAACAGAGCGAGAUACUGCAGACCGACUGCUAUCAGCUUCCACAGUAGGGUAUGAGAGCGCUACAGCAUCAUGUGGUUUCUGAGAUGGAGGAGUGAGAUUUCGGCUGAAAACACACGAGUGUGAGUUUUUGUUCUGUGAUGUUCAGUUUUGACAGGAACAGGCUCUUUGGUCCAGAAGCACUCAGUAUUUCCAACAUCUUUUGAAGUGGAUGAUAUUAAUAUCCACACAAGCGUUUCUCGCCGGUUCUCCUCUGAAACCCACAUAUCGUCUGAUCAUUAGCACAUGCUGUGAAAUUCAGAAUUCCAGGUGCUCGUUUCCUAAUUUACUUUCACAGUACUGAUUAACACAUGACGUGUCUGAAAGAUCCUCCCACUUCAGGAAUAAUAAAAACAGCGGUUUUUCGCUCCUCCAUCAUGUCCGUCUGCAUUUACCGUGGCUUAGCUCCACCCUCUCAGGAAAGGCGGGCGUGGCUUCACGCGCUGGCUCCGCCCCCGCGUCACUGGCCCUGCCCGUCCCUGCAGCAGCUGUUGGCCGUGUGUCUGCUCCUCCUCCUGCCACUGGCCGUCCAAUCACGGCGCGAGCGGGGCGGAGCCCACUACAUCCCCUCGUCGGUGGCGCAUUAUCCACCCGUCUCCAAGCUGGUGCAGGGCCUGAGCAUCGCGGUGGUGCUGGUGGGAAACUCCAGUGAGGUGGCGCUUGCCGGCACGCGCGACAAAGACGACUUUGGCCACAUGCCGCUGGCACCCAACGUGGAGAUGCUCACCAUGAAUGAGACAGACCCCAAGAGCAUCAUCAAGAGCAUCUGCGACCUGAUGACGGAGCACUGGCUGCAGGGCGUGGUGUUCGGAGAUGACACCGACCAGGAGGCCAUCGCGCAGAUCCUGGACUUCAUCUCUGCGCAGACGCACAUCCCCAUCCUGGGCGUGAAGGGAGGCUCAUCCAUGAUCAUGGCUGCUAAGGACGAUAACUCCAUGUUCUUUCAGUUCGGUCCCUCCAUCGAGCAGCAGGCAUCCGUCAUGCUCAACAUCAUGGAGGAGUACGACUGGUACAUCUUCUCCAUCGUCACCACAUACUACCCCGGCUACCAGGACUUCGUUACCAAGAUCCGCAGCACCAUCGAGAACAGUUUUGUGGGCUGGGAGCUGGAGGAGGUGCUGCUGCUGGACAUGUCCGUGGAUGACGGAGACGCCAAGAUCCAGAACCAGCUGAAGAAGCUGCAGAGCCCCGUCAUCCUGCUCUACUCCACCAAAGAGGAGGCCAACAUCAUCUUCGAGGUGGCGCACUCGGUGGGCCUGACGGGCUACGGAUACACCUGGAUCGUGCCGUCUCUGGUGGCGGGCGACGCCGACCACAUCCCGCCCGAGUUUCCCACAGGCAUGAUCUCGGUGUCGUACGACGAGUGGGAUUACGGUCUGGAGGCGCGUGUUCGUGACGGUGUGGCUGUGAUCGCCUCGGCCACCGCCACCAUGAUGAUAGACCGAGGGCCACACGCGCUGCUCAAGUCUGAGUGCCACGGGGCCCCGGAGAAGAAGAGCCCCAUCAGCAACGAGGUGCUCAGGUAUCUGAUGAACGUGACGUUCGAGGGCCGGAAUCUCUCCUUCAGCGAGGACGGCUAUCAGAUGCACCCUAAACUGGUGAUCAUCCUGCUGAACAAGGACAGACAGUGGGACAGAGUGGGUAAGUGGGAGAAUGGCUCUCUGUCUAUGAAGUUUCACGUGUGGCCGCGGUUCGAGCUCUACUCUGGGACGGAGAACCGUGAGGACGAUCAUCUGUCCAUCGUGACGCUGGAGGAGGCUCCGUUCGUGAUGGUGGAGGACGUGGAUCCGCUCAGCGGCACCUGCAUGAGGAACACCGUCCCCUGCCGCAAGCAGCUCAAAUCACUGAAUAAGACGGGGGAACCUGCCGUCUACAUCAAGCGCUGCUGUAAAGGCUUCUGCAUCGACAUCCUGAAGAAGAUCGCCAAGUCUGUGAAGUUCACCUACGACCUUUAUCUGGUCACCAACGGCAAACACGGCAAGAAGAUCAACGGCACGUGGAACGGGAUGGUGGGAGAGGUGGUGCUGAAGAACGCUCACAUGGCCGUCGGCUCGCUGACCAUCAAUGAGGAAAGGUCAGAGGUCAUUGAUUUCUCGGUGCCCUUCAUAGAGACGGGCAUCAGCGUCAUGGUGUCUCGGAGCAACGGCACGGUGUCUCCGUCUGCGUUCCUGGAGCCCUUCAGCGCAGACGUCUGGAUCAUGAUGUUCGUCAUGCUGCUGCUGGUCUGUGCCAUCGCUGUCUUCAUCUUCGAAUACUUCAGUCCCGUGGGCUACAAUCGGCGUCUCAUCGACGGCCGCGAGGCCGGAGGUCCGUCGUUCACCAUCGGAAAGGCCAUCUGGCUGCUCUGGGGUUUGGUCUUCAAUAACUCCGUCCCAGUGCAGAACCCCAGAGGAACCACCAGCAAGAUUAUGGUGUCCGUCUGGGCCUUCUUCGCUGUGAUCUUCUUGGCCAGCUAUACUGCUAACUUGGCCGCGUUUAUGAUCCAGGAAGAGUAUGUGGACCAGGUGUCGGGCCUCAGCGACAAAAAGUUUCAGAGACCCAACGACUUCUCCCCGCCGUUUCGCUUCGGGACGGUGCCCAACGGCAGCACCGAGAGAAACAUCCGCAAUAACUACAGAGAGAUGCACUCCUACAUGGUCAAAUUCCACCAGCGCAAUGUUAACGAAGCGCUGUACAGUCUGAAGACAGGGAAGCUGGACGCCUUCAUCUACGACGCGGCGGUGCUGAACUACAUGGCGGGCAGAGAUGAGGGCUGUAAGCUGGUCACCAUCGGCUCCGGGAAAGUGUUCGCCUCCACCGGCUACGGCAUCGCCAUCCAGAAAGACUCGGGCUGGAAGAGACAGGUGGACCUUGCCAUCCUGCAGCUGUUUGGAGACGGUGAUAUGGAGGAGUUCGAGGCUCUCUGGCUCACCGGGAUCUGCCACCACGAGAAGAAUGAAGUGAUGAGCAGUCAGCUGGACGUGGAUAAUAUGGCGGGUGUGUUCUACAUGCUGGGUGCCGCCAUGGCUCUGUCGCUCAUCACCUUCAUCGCUGAACACGUCUUCUACUGGCACCUGCGCUUCUGCUUCAUGGGCGUGUUUUCUGGGAAACCAGGGUUCACCUUCACCAUCAGCAGGGAGAUUUACAGCUGCAUUCACGGAGUAGAAAUCGAAGAUAAGAGUUCAGCACUCAAUUCGCCAUCGGCUACCAUGAACAAUACGCACUCGAAUAUCCUGCGCCUGCUGCGCACCGCCAAGAACAUGGCGUCCCUCUCGGGGGUCAACGGCUCCCCGCACAGCGCGCUGGACUUCAUCCGCAGAGAGUCCUCCGUCUACGACAUCAGCGAGCACCGCCGCAGCCUGGCCGGACACUCGGACUGCAAAGCCCCCUACCUGCCCGACGACAACAUGUUCAGCGACUAUAUCAGCGAGGUGGAGCGCACCUUCGGCAACCUGCACCUGAAGGACAGCAACCUGUACCAGGACCACUACCUGCACCACCACGGGGGCUCGACUCUGGGGCUGACCGGCCCCAACCGGCCCCACAGCUUGGGCUCCAGCAGUUCUCUGGAGGGCGGCAUGUUUGACUGCGACAGCCUGGGCGGCGGCGUAGCCCCCAUCUUCACCACACAGCCACGCUCUGCACUAACGCACAGGAACAUGAGUAAAUUCGACCUGCUGCAGAGCCAGACUCCCCCGUCUGGGCCGGGAUUGAAGCAGGGACUGGCUGACCUCUACGGAAAGUUCUCCUUUAAAGGUGGAGCCUCCAGUUCGGGAUACAUCGCAGGGCACGACCGGUUCUGCGGUGGAGCUGACGACGGAAACAUUCGCUCUGACGUGUCUGACAUUUCCACUCAUACCGUCACCUACGGGAAUCUGGAGGGGAACGCAAAGAAACGCAAGCAGUAUAGAGACAGCUUGAAGAAGCGUCCGGCAUCGGCAAAGUCCCGCAGGGAACUCGACGAGAUCGAACUGGGUUAUCGGCGCCGCCAACAUCACCACCACCACCACCACGGGCACCGCUCGGCUUCGCCUCCGUCCGAGCGCAAACGAGGCGUGAGCUCCACCUCAUAUCUGCUACAGGACAAGGAGAGCCUGAGGGAUUUCUACCUGGAUCAGUUCCGGCCCAAGGAAGGCGUGCCGCAGUGGGAGCAUGUGGAUCUUACUGAUGGCCCCGGCGUAGGAGGAGGCAACUGCACCAGUUUGGUGUCUGUAGACGACUUCCUAAAGAGCAAACCCAAGAAACCGGAGAGCGGCGAGUGGGAAUGUCGCAGCUGUCGGGCCAGCAGCGCGGGAAGCAAGCACGGACCCGGAGUUCUGCACAUUGGAAGCGGCUGCGUGGCAUCAGGAGCCGCAGGAAGAGUCGGAAGCAGCCGUCCAAGUUCUGCCACUUGCAUGCGAUGUGAAGCCUGUAAGAAGUCCGGAAACCUGUACGACAUCAGCGAGGACAGUAACCACCUGCUGGAGCAACUGGGAGGCGGUAGAGGCCAGACGCCGGCGCAGCGCCGCAGGGCCUUCAGCGGGAAGCCGCUACGCCGGCAGCACUCCUACGACGCAUUCGUAGAUCUGCAGAGAGAAAACUUAAGUGGAAUAGGCGCACCGCCUAUGUUAUGUGCAGCACCGCCGCCACGCAGCGUCAGCCUCAAGGAGCGGGAGCGCUGCAUGGACGCCUCCUUCGCACACAUAUUCGAGCGUCCCGAACAGGACACGGAGCGAGACCCGCUGUUCUACGAGAGUGGCGCGGGAUCGCUGUUUGGGUUGCAGAACGCGCCCCAUCGGCGCUCGGUGGGAGAGAGGGAUCUGAGAGACAGAGGACUCCUGGAGGGGCCUGUUCACGCUUUAUCUAAAUCCCUCUAUCCCGACCGAACCGACCACAACCCCUUCAUCCCUACGUUCGGAGACGACCAGUGUCUGCUGCACGGUGCCAAGUCCUACUACGUCACCAAGCAGCAGUCGCAGCACGGGGAUUUGCUCAGCCCCAUGGGCUUCCCCGCAGAGCUAUGCAUGGGGAACCACCACACCAGCAAGCUCAGCCUUGGCCCGCCUCGACCGUUCACCGGCAGCAAUGGACACGUGUACGAGAAGCUCUCCAGCAUAGAGUCUGACGUGUGAGAACCAGUCCAGAUUUUAGCAGGACACACAGAACUCGAGAGAGAACUGAAAAUGUAAUUUCCUGUGAAGUUCACGUUUGCACCGUUGGGUUCAUCUCCACGAGCUGGUGAGAAGAACAAGAGCACGUCCAUCUGCCACGUCAGAUGGCCACCAGAACAGCCCAGUCCUGUACUCGUGUCUUUUGUGAAGAUACAAUCAUGAAAGCAUAAUAAAUGCGCACUGAUAUUUUUUUUUGAAACAGGGUAAUAACUGUACCUCAGAGACGUACUGCCGACUACUGGUAAUCUGUUGUUGAAAUUGGGUUUCAUUUGUCUGUCGUUUUCCUGAGGCCUUUGCUGAGCGUUAGGGAUUUUUGAAUGUGACGAUCAAUCCAGUCUCCGCGUCAGCCUAGCGCAUCCAUGGCAACAGCCUCUCCCAUGCUGUUUACUGCCGUGAAACACGCGUGCAUUCGUGAAAGUGCACAAGCCUCUGUUUUAUGCCGUCAUUUAUAUUCGAGUCUCUACUGCCGUGAUAUUUCAUAUUCAAUGAGAAAGCGUGUUGAUACGCCUUCGGUUACGCUCUCGUGACUCUCGCUCAGAUGCUGAGAAACGAGGGAGAUGAAAUGACAGUAUCAACACCUCUCUUUGUUUUGGUUGUAAAUACAUUUCUCUUUAUAUAAGCCGACAAGGUCUACCUUUAAUAUAGCUUUUUCAAGUAUAACCAAAAUAAAGAUAAAAACAGAACAAAACAACAAAAACAUAAAAUAUGCAAAAUUUAGCUAAAGCAUUAUAACUCAUGAUAAGUGAUAUUUUAAGCGAUAGUUUGCUUUUUAAAUCCAUGUUUAUUACUUAAUUCUGAUAGUUUACCGCCUCCUAACCGGCUUCAUUUUAAGGAUUUACCUUUAUUCGGAUUUACCUUUGCAGCGUAACAGAGCUGAGCAGUGCUGUCGUGGACAUGUUUAGUUUACUCGAUUAGUGUACCAAUUACUCCUUGCUAAGUUUUUCUUCAAUUGUGUUUAGACGUCUGGUCGCCUGCUGGAGAAGGUUUCCAGGUUCUCUCUCUCUCACACACAUACACAUACACACGUUUACAUAGCUAUGUAAAUGAGGACAUAAUUGCUAUAAACUUGCCCAAACCCUUAUUAAAAAUAAGCAUUUACGUUAUUUAUGUAUUUGUACCUUUCAGGACGUUUACAGAAGGUGGUUUUGUCAGAUUUAGCGAACAAUCGGCCUCAAAGUGUCCUCAGUGUAGCUACGCAAACACACACACAGACACACAGAUCUCCAGCAUCCAUCACAGAGUGUGUUUUAUGAUCUGAAGCAGGGCUUUGAACCCUUCCUAAGGACUGACUGACUUUGUAAAGCUGAUUAGUAAGCUGCUAGAGUGUCAUGUUUUUAAUUGUAACGCUAUCGUGAGGUCCCGUCCUCGCUUUAGGUCUGCCGCAGAAUAACCUUUCAUCUCCUCUUGUAUUGUUUCUACAGUUUGAAUAACUCUAACCAUGUCUUUAAACUUUUCUUUUUAGAGCAUUACUAUUAUUAUUAUUAUUAUUAUAUCAAAGCGUUUUAGGGUGUUUUCUUCUCGUAUGUUGAAGCCGGAGGCAUUCCCGUUAUAGCGCAGUAAUCUAUGUUUGAGUUUUCCUAAAAACGUAUAUAGUUUAGAUUCAAACACACACACACACACACACACACACACACAGAGUUCCCUACGACCCCCAUGCUUAAAGCUUGAGCUCUAUAUGCUUGAAAAUCACAUUUUCUUGUGCUCAUAGAGGAAUACGCCUAUUACGCAUAGCUGUAGUUAUAAUUUUUUCUAGUGUAUUCGCAAUAUAUAAGCAACUUUUAAUGUUCUGUUGACUACUAUAUUCUCAUUAUUCUAAGGUAAGUAUAGCUGGUUUGAAGUAUUCUACAGAUAAGAAGCGCCCUGUUGUUAUUCACAUCGCUACGGUACAAACUCCAUCUGUUGUUUUCUCCACACGAUCGAUGAAUUUGUCGCUCGUCAGGUGUGCGUGUGCGUGUGCGAGACUCUGACUUCUAUGUUAAAUACUCUUGUUGCUAUGGCACUGCCAUGGUGUUACAAUGCUGUUCCCAUGGUAACUGCAGUGCAAGAGGAUGCGGGCUGAAUGAGUGAAUUGUUUCACUAUGGAAUAAGAACUACAUCCACUUUGAUAUGUUACUGAAAUUUUUACGUCAUUUACAUCUCUGAAAUGAUUCUCAAGUGAAAACAUGUACAGAUUGUGUAUAUAAUAAUGAGAGAAUUCCUCCUUUUGUAUGACAAUAUGAACACAAACCUCUAUGAGACUUUAAUAGUGAGCGAGUGUUUUGAUGAUGAUGAUGAUGAUGGAUCAGAAUUCUUUCACAUGCUGAAUAAAGCGAAUUAAAAUAAACUCUUGAGUCUGUCUGCCUGC